AUGGGUUGGAGUGGGUCAGAUCAUGGUUGUGGGAAAGAACGCCUUCGUUGGACACAAGAACUACAUGAUCGCUUCGUGGAGGCAGUUACUAGGCUUGGGGGACCUGAUAUGGCAACACCAAAGGGAAUCUUGAAGGCCAUGAGCAUUCCUGGCUUGACUAUCUUUCAUGUUAAAAGCCACUUGCAGAAGUACAGGAUUGCAAACUUUAUUCCGGAAUCAAACAGCAGAGGGAAGUUUGAGAAGAAAAAUAUGUCAGAAAUAUUGCCAAAUUUCAGUACGACAUCUGCUGCACAACUCGAAGAAGCCUUAGAAAUGCAGAUGGAAGUGCAAAGGCAACUGAACGAUCAGCUUGAGAUGCAGAAGAGCCUGAAGCAAAAAAUGGAAGCCCAAGGAAGGUACCUCCAGAGAAUCACAAAAGGAAAGCACACCAACAUUAAGAAAGCAAGCAGUACAAAUAUUCCUAGCAAGUCUAAUGGUAGUCUCAUAUCCAUGCCAUCUCUUUCUGAGGACAAUUCAGAGUCAAAGCUGCCAAAGGAAUGCGAAUCCGAUUCAGAAGCCGACAAGACAGAAAUAGAGUACCAUGAAGAAGGAACAUUUCAAGCUCCGAAGAGACUUAGGGUUAAAGAUGGUGAUACUUUAUCUCCGAGACUUAAUCCUGCACCACUUGACUCUGUCUCUGAGUUUUAUGGUCAGAGUUAUAUGUUCCAGCCAGAGGAUGAUACCAACUUUCAAUAUUGGAUCCAAUCGCUACCAUUGCCGAGCUUCUUAUAA